GAGCCAACAGUCAGUCAAUGGGAACCAACCCUGGAUUCACUGGAUUCAGUGGUUACAAGAGGUGAUCACUGUGAACACCACUCAUGGAUAAGACAUUCAACUCUUAUCACUGAUAACCGCUGAGUCGAUACCAUCUUCAUUCACAAUGAUAUCCUCAUAUCAUAUAUCAGUGAAUGGUUUGCGUGAUUGAGACAACUCUGAAGACAAGAAUCUAUGAAUCGAUGGUUUGUGUGAGUUGUGGUCAAAACGGAUCCGUUUGAUUAUGUCGUACAAGAAGUGAAUCAAAUGUAAUAAUUGGUUAAUAGAAGUGCAAAACGAUGGCCAAAGCGAACAAACGGUUGGAUUGUCUGCCAGUUGUGGACAUGUCUUGUGAUAUGAACUCAAUUUAUAAGAAGUCAAACCAAUUGGUGAUGAUUUUAUUUUGGAUUAUCUUAUGGACGGGUCAUGUAUCCAGUGAUAAGCAGAGGUGCGAAGAGAUCAGUAUUCCUAUGUGUCGGGGCAUUGGAUACAACUAUACAGUUAUGCCCAAUCAGUUCCAUCACGACACUCAGGAGGAAGCAGGUCUUGAAGUUCAUCAAUUCUGGCCAUUGGUUGAGAUUCAGUGUUCAGAGGACUUGCGUUUCUUCCUGUGCUCAAUGUAUGCCCCCAUUUGUAUGGAUGACUAUCAGGGAAGACUACCCGCCUGUCGCUCCGUCUGCGAGCGGGCCAAACACGGAUGCGCUCCCAUUAUGAGACACUACGGGUUUGCAUGGCCUGAGCGCAUGGAUUGCAAUGAUUUGCCUGUUUAUGGCGAUAAGCAGUUUCUUUGUAUGGACUCCAAAGAAGGCGCGACUCUAACAGACAAUCGCAUGGAACAGACCCUCUCUUCCAAACCCAUUACGCCCUCUAAUAAAGACGAAUCGAUUGCAUUGAAUGCCAAUUCAGCCAAAGACAAGACGACGCGACCAACCAAUAGGAAGCCUAUCAAUAAGGGUCGGGGCGAUCAUAUCUCCAGAGCCGGUACUUCGGGGUCACCGACACAUUCGAACGGCGGCCUAACUCCUAGCGACUGUAAGUGCGAGUGCAGACACCCAUUGAUUUUGGCGCAGGACUUGGACAGGCGCUUCAACAACCGAGUGGAGACGGGAGGGGUCGCCAACUGUCUGGUGCCCUGCAAAGGAGUGUUCUUCUCGAAAGCUGAGAAAGAUAUGGCGGUCUUCUGGAUCGGUAUCUUUGCGGUCGUGUGCUGUGUCUGCACGAGUGUAACAGUACUGACGUUUGUCAUCGAUAUGGAGCGCUUCCGAUACCCCGAGCGCUCCAUUAUAUUCCUCUCCGGCUGUUACCUAAUGGUAUCGAUUGGUUACAUAAUGAGGUCAUACAUAGGACACGACCCGAUCGCCUGCGACGGUCCGCUCAUCAGAUACCAGCGAACAGGUCCGGCACCGGUAGUCUGUGUGGUUGUAUUUCUGCUGAUUUACUUCUUUGGGAUGGCGUCCAGCGUUUGGUGGGUUAUCCUAACGAUCACUUGGUUUCUGUCGGCCGGACUCAAGUGGUCUAACGAAGGCAUUGCCGGAAUCCGAAAGCUUUUGAAAGAGAGAGUGAAAGCCGACAAACUCGAGAAACUCAUGAUUAGGAUCGGCUUAUUCUCCUUCUUAUAUAUAGUGCCCGGAGUUGUCGUCGUCGGCUGUUAUCUCUAUGAGUACUACUUUCGUGAUGUAUGGCAACGGCAGCACAACUGCCGCUGCGAUCACACACUCGAGACGCCAUACUAUUCGCUAUUUUUGCUCAAAUAUAUCAUGUGUUUGAUUGUUGGCAUCACAUCUGGUUUCUGGAUCUGGUCCACGAAGACCAUCGACUCGUGGGGCCGAUUCUACGGCCGCCUCUGCUGUGGCAGCUCUGGCAGCACCCGGAGCGCCAACAGUCAGCUCAUUGGGGGCUCACAACUGGCGAUCUCAAACUCACGGCAUCCCAAACACAAACACAUGACUAUGGUUGAGAGGGCGCCGGGAGUAUUGACGGUGAGGUACGCUCGUAGGGGUGGGAAGGGAUGUAGUGUUAGUGAAGGCCAAUGCGAUGCCUGUGUUCGCCAUCUCUUGAAUUUGUCAGUUGAAGAACUCAGGGCUCAGACACUACUGACACCGGAGUCUCUGCAGUGA